CGUUUGACUUUUAAAAUUUUAAAAGUCAAAGUUUUAACUUGGUAAUGAUUAAAAUUCAAAAAUUGGUAAAAUGAUUUUAUUUAGUCUUGGAAUAAGUAUUGGACUUAAAUAAAUCAUUGAAAAUGAAUUUUAAAUUUAUUUAUUUUAUUUCUACUCGUGAGAUCGAAAUUAUAAAUCCCUCACGAAUAUUAAGUCUGUUGCCUUCUGACGCCCGGCACCUAUCCGGCUAAUGUGCACUGUCAUAUGGCAAACAACAACAACCCUUUCAACCUGCGAUAUGUUCUAGAAAAGGAAAAAUUAUCUGGAACUAACUUUCUUGAUUGGGAGAUGAAUCUUAACAUUGUUCUCGAAUGCAAGAAAAGUUUUACGUCCUAACAUCUGAGCCUCCCAAAGCUCCUGAAGCGAACGCCCAUGCUGCAGAAAUUACUUCGUACCAGAAGUAUGAAGAUGACGCACGUGAUGUGAGAUGUCUCAUGCUAGCCACCAUGACCCCGGAGCUCCAAAGGCUCCACAAGGACAUGGAAGCUCAUCCUAUGAUGACUCGCUUGAAAGGUCUAUACCAAGGCCAGGCUAGACAUGAGCGUUUCAAAAUCUCUACGACUCUGUUUUCUAGUAAGCUGGCAACGGGUAACCCAGUUGGUCCCCAGGUUCUCAAGAUGAUCGGCCAGAUCGAAACUCUUGAAAAACUGGACGCCCCGUUGCACACUAUGCUGGCAACUGAUCUCAUCUUGGGAUCAUUACCAGCUGAGUAUAGUCAAACUAUAGUAAACUUCUACAUGAACAAACUAGAGAUGACUAUGCCUGAGCUAUUGAAAUUCCUCAAAACUGCUGAGGAGAGUCUAGGGAAGGGCAAGGGUAAGUCUGUCCUGAUGGUAGAGGGCAGUACUGUUGCAAAGAAGAGUGGGCCACGUUCGCCGGCCGGGACCAAGCGCAAGGGCUCUAAGAAACCCAAGCCAGCAUCCAAAUCCUAUUCGUUGAAACCCAAAGAAGGAGAUAAGAAGAAGUCUGCUAAUGGAACCUUCCUUGAGAAGGAGUUUCUUUCUGCUAUCGCUAGUGGGAGAAAGGUAGACCUCGAAGAAAUUCGAGAACCACAAGAAGAAGUCCCGAUAGUGUUGGAACAUGAGCAAAGAGAUCAAGCAAUUGAACCUCAAACUGCUCAAGAUAUACCACGUAGGUCAGACCGGAUACGUAAUCCUCCGGUCAGAUAUGGAUUUCUCAUGUCUGAUGAAGGUGACGUCUUGUUGGUAGAUCAAGGCAAACCUGUUGCAACACAAGUUUACGCCUACGUUGUACUAAACUGUGUUCGUUUCUAUGACAGAAAUCUCUAUGCAGGAAUUGGAGAAGGUCAAUCAACCUCUAGGCCACCACUCUUUGAUGGCACCAACUACUCUUAUUGGAAGGAACGGAUGAGAAUCUAUAUUCGUUCCACCAACUUCCAAUUGUGGUUGGUGAUCAAAAAUGGCAAAGAAACCCCUAUGAAGAAAGUGGGAGAAACCACGGUCCCAAAGACCGAAGACGAAUUUGAUGCCGAGGACAUCAAGAAGAUUGAAAACUAUGCAAAGGCCAUCAAUAUGCUAUAUUGCGCGGUCAACCCCGAUGACUACCAAAAAAUCUCCUGUUGCACAACCGCCAAGGAGAUGUGGGACAAGCUUGAAGUGACGUACGAAGGUACCGAUCAAGUUCGCGAAGCCAAGAUCGACUUUCUCACCCAAGAGUACGAAAUGUUCCGGAUGAAAGAAGGUGAGAAAAUUGAUGACAUGUUCGACCGGUUCUCAAAGAUCAUCAACGAUCUUCAUGCUCUCAAAAAGACUUACACCAACAAGGAUCUCGUGAGGAAAAUCCUACGGAGCCUCACACCCGAAUGGAGGUCAAAAGCCGAUGCAAUCUACGAAUCCAUCGGAGUCUCCAACGUCACCAUCGACGGGCUAAGAGGUAACCUUAAAACCUAUGAAUCUACUAUUCUAACCCCGUCUUUGGAUGAACAAAAGAAAAAGGGGAUAGCUCUCAAAGCCACCAAGGAACCGGUGGAAGAGGCUUCAAGCGAUGACGACAAUGAAUUCGGGCUCGAUCACUACUCAGAAGAGAUGGAGAUUGAAUUUGUUUCCCACUCCGAGUAGUGAUAGCAUUCAUUUGCUCUCUUGGAUUCUCGGGACAAGCUGGCAAUUUCCCGG